GGAUGUUUCUUAUUUUGGCCCCUCUUUCCCUUCUACGCCGACACGUAUAAUAAAAUCUUGCGCCUACGAAACCUACGGAAAGUUUAGCGAGAAACCUGAACCGCUUCAAACUUUCCUCUAUAAACAGCCGCAUUACCAGGUGCAUUUCUUCGGCGUUGGUGCAUCAUCCCAAAUCAUAAUUCUUAUUACCAUUUCCACCGAACUUUUGCGACCGAUUCCCAAUACUAACAGCCCGCCGCUUGCUCUUGACCUGCGUGCCCACCCCACGGCCGUCGACCGAAUCGAUAUUUGCGCAUCAUGGCUGCGAACGGAACGCAGCAGGGUUUCGGACCCGAUGAGGUGCACCAGGCUAUGCUGACUAUGCGGGGUGGGGACUCAGACAAGAAGAAGAAAGCCCAUGAAUAUCUAGAGCUCUUCCAGAAAUCCUCGGCAGCAUGGACUACGACCAUCACCAUACUCCAGUCAAACGCCGAACCGGACAUAAAAUUAUUCGCCGCGACGACACUAAGAGGGAAGAUAACAUACGACCUAUCGACACAAGUACCUGCGCCUGAAAUCCCAGCCGUGAGAUCUCAAUUACUAGCGCUUCUGAAACGUUUUGCGCCAGGCCCGAAGCCGAUCAGGGUACAAUUAUGCGUGUGCUUGGCAAUCCUAGCCAUACAGAUGCAAGACUGGAAAGACGUACUGCCUGUUGUCGUAUCAUCUCUUGGCGAUGAUGUCGAAAGUCAUACCUGCAUCUUGGACUUCCUCAGGGUGCUACCGGAAGAAGUGACCGAGGGACGGAAAAUCACCUUGACAGAUGAAGAACUCACAUUGAGAACCACCGAAUUACUAGAAGGAAAUGCUCCGCAGGUGGUGCAGCUCCUGAUUAAUUAUGCCCACUCAUCACCGGCGGCUGCGACAAAUCCUCAGCUUUUCGAAUGCAUAACGUCCUGGUUACGCGAGGUUCCCGUCAAUGAGAUCGUCAAGUCCCCGCUGUUAAACAUCGUCUUCAAUGCUCUUGAGAGCGAUGUCUCCUUUGCUGCAGCUGCCGAGUGCAUCCAGACCAUGGUCAGGGAGACGAGAGAGAUAGACGAUAAUAUCGAAACUAUCCAGGUACUCUUACCGAGAGUUGUUGCUCUGCAGCCCAAGAUUCAAAAAGUAGCCGAAGAUGAAGAUUUCGAGUCCUAUAAAGCUCUCACCAAGUUGUUUGGCGAGGCUGGUAUUGCAUGGGCCGUCGCUAUUGCACGCGAACCUAGCCAUUUCAGAGCCCUUGUCGAUGCUAUUCUUGAGUGUGCUGCGAGGGAUAAGGACAGAGAAGUCAUCGAGUACACGUUCGAGGUCUGGUACGAACUGAAGCAGUAUCUCGUACUAGACAAAUACGUACAAUCUCGUAUGGCGCUCUUAGAUAUUUUUGCGAAACUUGUCGAUAUUCUCCUCAAACAUCUCGAGUACCCCGACUCGGAAUCUGGCAACGAAAAGGAUUUGUUUGACGGGGACAGAGAGGCAGAAGAGAAAUUCCGGGAGUUCCGUCACCAUAUGGGUGACACCCUAAAGGACUGUUGCGAGAUCAUGGGUGUUUCCGAGUGCUUGGCAAAGGUUCUUGAUGCCAUCAAGGUUUGGAUGCAGAAAUACGCAAGCUUGGCGAGCGGUGCCUCAGUGCCUCAUUGGCAACAGCUUGAAGCACCCUUAUUCUCUAUGAGAGCUAUGGGCCGCAUGGUGACGAAGGACGAAGAGACCGUUUUACCUCAACUCAUGCCUCUCUUGGUACAAAUACCAGCCCAUGAGAAACUGCGUUUUGCAACAAUCAUGGUGCUGGGAAGAUACACGGAGUGGACAGCUGCCCACCCAGAGUUUCUCAGUUCGCAGUUUAACUAUAUCGUUUCUUCUUUCGACACAAGCUCAAAGGAAAUUAUGGGAGCCGCCGCCAUGGCGAUUAAAUAUUUCUGUAUGGAUUGCAGAUACCUCCUCGGCGACCAGAUCGUUCAACUUCAACAAUUUUACGACCAAAUCCUAGACAAGCUUCCCGGGCUCAGCCAAGAAGAGAUCACCGAAGGAGUCGCCGCGGUAGUAUCUGUGCAGCCGCAGGAGGAGAUAUUCAAACUACUCAAGCUCUUCUGCGAUCCCUUAGUCCAAAGGCUAAUGGCUAAGGCCAACGAGGCGGUAGAUAAGGAGAAAAAACUCGCAGUUGCUGACCAUUUACAGUUGAUUACAAUAUUCGCCCAAAUUGUCGUCAUGCUACCUCCCGUUGCGCCUGGACAGGAGGAUCCAGCGGUGAAAUACUGGCAAGAGGUUUUCCCGAUAUUAUCUAAGAUUCUGGAAAGCUUCCUCGACUUUACUCCCAUCUGCGAACGAAUAUGUCGUUGCUGGAGAUUCAUGGUGAUUUCCCACAGGGGAGCUAUGGCACCAAUUCUCCCUGAUAUGGCGAAUCAGCUGGCGAAUGGCUUUACCGCAUCAAAGCAAGGUUGCUUCCUAUGGGUCACCGGUGCUAUCCUGCGGGAAUUCUCUGAUGAUCGAGAGCACGUGGAACAGGCUAUGACAGAGCACAUCUAUCUUUUCUUUGAGGCUCAAGCUACAAAUGUUCUCCGUUUCCUCAGCGCGCUAUCACCGGCAGACCUCCCGGAUGUAACCGAGGACUUCUUCCGCCUAGUUGUCGACGGACUCUUAUACUAUCCUCAGAAAUUCAUCACCUCAUCAAUAUUCGGUCCCGUAUUCGAAGCCGCCCUCUCCGUUCUCAUCCUAGAGCAACGCGAACCUUUAUCUGCUACCCUUCAUUAUAUCCGAGAUGUUCUCGGAUGGGGCACCGCAUUUUCGCCUCCGCCAUACGACAAAAUGCCGGCUCCGGUGGCUGAACAGCUAAAAGCUAUUGUGAAGCAGCUCCUCUUAGCCCAAGGGGAGACAUUGAUCAAACGCUUACUCGCUGGCAUGAUGAUCACAUUCCCGAAAGAUUGUUUCGCUGAUGCUAGUGGCGCCUUGUUAACGCUAUUCGAGAUUUUCCCGGAGCAGACAGCCGCGUGGGUGGACCAAACGCUCCGAUUGCUACCGGAGGGGACUGUCUCAGCCACAGAAGUUGAUCGACUCAUGACUAAGAUUAAGGAGAAGCUGAGCACCAAUGAUACAGGUGACGUGCGACAAAUACGCUCAAUUCUCCAGGAUUUCACCAAUACGUACAGAAGGAGAUAUGUCGCACCCCGGGACGGCUUAGGAGCGUUGGAGGGUGCACGAUUCCGAUUUUCCGGUUAGUAAUCAGAGUUGGAUACCUACUAGUGGUCUCACGUGGUGUCAUGCAGCUGUUGAUAUCAGGCCGUUGGUAGCACUGUUUAAAAAAAAAAAAAAAAGCAAACCCCCGCGGUCGCGCAGCUAACGGCGUAGAUAGUUCAGAAGUAAUCAUACCUUGUCGGGCGUGGGGCGGCGAUAGUGGCGUAGAUUGGCAGUGAAAUGGGAGUGUAAAAGAAAGAUACCUAUACCUUUACCUACGAGUAAUUUUUCUGCGGUUAGCAGACCUGAUCAGCUCAGAUCACCGCGGCAAGAUAGCCCAGAGAUUGUACAUAUGCCAACUUUUUAGAAAAUCGAUAACUAGUUAACUGGUAAAAGCUAUUCAAUAUUGCGUCAGACAGC